AUGUCAGCAACACCUCAUCCGUUAUCAUCACCUCCACCAUCUUCACCAAGUUCACCAUCACAUCUACCACAGACACCUUUCACUCCAGCGGAUUCAGAAGGUAUAUCUGAAUCAAGACCAUUCAUAACUCCUUCGACGAUUAGGAACCUACAAGAACACACUGGACAUCCACGAAUCCAGGCAAUCCCAGAUUCAAAUGAAAAUGUAAUUUCCAAUAGAAAUGGAUAUGGAAAUGGGAAUGAUCAGAGUUUCAGCGUAAUACGAACUCCGGGACAAAGUCAACCUUUAGGAAAGGGGAGCGGAAUGGGAUAUAAAGACUGGGAAGAAGAAUAUGAGAGGGAGAAAUAUAAGAAAUUGGAGAUCAAAGUUCAAAAUGAUUUAAAAGGUUGGAGGGGCGGCAUUGGGCAACCGAAAUCAUCCGUUCAAUGGCAAGCGAUACCCAAAAAUUCUUAUUUCCACCAACCACAAACUGGUAUUAUAGGUAAACAUCUGCCCAAAGAGAUGGUUAGGAUAGAGAGGGAUUGGUCAGACGGUGAGAUCUGCAAGUUUGAGACUAUGUUCCCGAUGGAAUUGGAAGGUCGAAUUGAGCCAAUCCAAAUGACGUCGUUCAUUAAUUCGCUCAAUGAAAUCCUCCAUUCUGCUUAUGCUGUCAAAGCUGCGAUAUGGGAUAACAUAGUUGCUAUAAGUACGCUUUGGACAAGUCUGAUUUGGAGACAAAGUCAUUUCGAAAAGGAAUUACAAAGAGCAGAAGAAUUUAUUCAACUCAAAAAUAAACAAUUAUUCAACCCAAAUGGAUGUAAUGUCUUAUCACCAAGAUACGUAGCUUUACAAUUCGUAAGAUAA